GUUUAGAUGUCCAGGUAUGGGGCAUGGACUUACCUGCUUCUAAAGUAUAUAGAAUGUUUCUUAUUGGAACUUUCCAAUUUCCAAUCAAUUGGGAUGAACAUUAUAAACUUGUGCCAGCAUUGAAAAUUUUGUGGAAUUUGGGAUCACAUCACAAAAAUAUAACCAUCAAUAAGCAAUUUUCAGCACUUGAAAAUAUUAUAAGUAAUGUGGAAGAUUCACCACCAAAACCAAUUGGAAAAGAAUCACAAAUCAUAAAUCCAAUGUUUCAUGAUAGGAACUAUAAUCAUUAG